GGGGUGAGGAAGCCCUUCACGGAGGUGAUUAAAGCCAACAUCGGGGAUGCCCACGCCAUGGGGCAGACGCCCAUCACCUUCCUACGCCAGGUCACGACCCUGUGCCUCUACCCCGAGCUGCUCCACGACGCCGCCUUCCCCGAGGACGCCAAGAAGCGGGCACAGCGGCUCCUGGACGCGUGCGCCGGGCACAGCGCCGGUGCCUACAGCGCCAGCCCGGGCAUCCCCGUCAUCCGGCAGGACGUGGCCCGCUACAUCGAGCGGCGGGACGGGGGCAUCCCCUCCAACCCCGACCACAUCUUCCUGUCCACGGGCGCCAGCGAUGCCAUCGUGACGGUGCUGAAGCUGCUGGUGUGGGGCGAGGGCCAGGAGCGCACGGGGGUGCUGAUCCCCCCGCUGACCCCCCCGCCCCCCCGGCCGCAGGUGUACCAGGACAACGUGUACGCGCCCGGGUCCCAGUUCCACUCGUUCAAGAAGGUGCUGACGGAGAUGGGCCCCCCCUUCGCCGAGGGCGUCGAGCUGGCCUCCUUCCACUCCAUCUCCAAGGGCUUCAUGGGCGAGUGAGUGCCCUGGCGCCGUGCCCGCCCCCCGGCCCCUCCCAGCCAAGCCCACCCGUGGCACCAGGACGCUCCUUGGCCCCGGGCUCCGGGGGCAGCAGGGACUCGGGCGCUGGGUGCCCGGGCAGGCAUUACAAGGCACAUAGAGGGGUGGUGGGUGGGGUUUG